GGGGACACGGUGACGCCGGCGCCCGCGAGUCCCGUGACCGCGCGCCCCUCCCCGAGCUCUGGCCGUCAUGCAGCCCCCCACGGUGCUCGUCACCUCCAGGCAGGUCCGGAACAGCCACACUGGCCUCGACCUGUCUGUGCCCCAGCACCAGGAGGUGCGCGGGGACAUGAUGUCGGGCCACGUGGAGUACCAGGUGCUGGUGGUCACCCGGCUGGCCGCAUUCAAGUCGGCCAAGCACAGGCCCGAGGACGUCGUCCAGUUCCUGGUCUCCAAGAAGUACAGCGAGAUCGAGGACUUGUACCAGAGACUGAGCAGCCGCUACCCGGGCGCCAGCCUGCCCGCGCUGCCCCGGAAGGUGCUGUUCGUGGGCGAGGCGGACAUCCGGGAAAGGAGGGCAGCCUUCCACGACAUCCUGGGCUGCGUGGCCAGGGACGCCCAGCUGGCGGCCAGCCCCGAGCUGCUGGAGUUCCUAGGCACCAGAGCUCCAGGCGCUGUGGACCCCGGCGCCAGGGACGGCCCCGAGCUGGAUGCCGACGGCCAGGCCGGGGAGGACGCGGAGGCCUUGGACUUCUUCCAGCAGCAGGACCCCGGGGAUGAGGAGGAGCCCCCCGGCAGCAGCCGUGCAGGGAAGGCGCAGCAGCAGGAGGAGGAGGAGGAGGAGGAGGAGGAGGUGUUGGACCCACUGGGCAUCAUGCGCACCAAGAAGCCCAAGAAGCCCCGAGAGCCGGCGCCGCAGCCCCAGCCCAAGCCCUUGCCCCGACUCACCAUCUUCGACGAGGAGGAGGACCCCGAGGAGGAGCUGUUCGGCCCUGGGGGGGAGCGCGCCCCCCAGCGGCGGCCCCCGGAGAAGGCACGCGGCCUGGACCCCCUGAAGCUGUUUGAGGAUCCGGACCUCGGCGGGGCCGUGCCCCUGGGGGACCCCUUGCUGCUGCCCGCCGCCCGGGAGACUGGAGGGUUCGCGUCCCGCCUGGGCCCCAGAGAGACCUCGGAGGAGCUGUUCAGGGUCGAAGAGGACUUGGACCAGAUCCUGAAGCUGGGCGCUGAGCCCCCGCCUCGGCCCCGGCCGCCAGUGGCCCCUAAGCCAGUGCUCCCCAGCAAGCCGGCGAUUCCCCCCAAACCGGGCCGGCGGGCCACCACGGAGCCAGAGCCGCGGCCGCCGCUGCAGCAGCAGGCCCAGGCCAUGGACGAGAUGGACAUCCUGCGGUACAUCCGCGAGCAAGAGGCGCCCGGCCAGGCCGCCCCCAGCCUCUUCUGACCCUGCUGGGAGCCUCUCGGGUCUGGGCACUGGAGGGGGUCCCCCCUCGGGCCCACGACGGGGGGCCGGGGGCGCGGCCAAGGCCGCCCUCGUGACCCUGACGGCCUCCCCCAUCAGUAUGUGGAGGGGGUCGGGGCAGGGGUCCCAGGAACCCCAGUCCUCCUCCUGCGUUCCCAGGGAAAGGCCACGCCAUGGCCACCUUGUGCCUCCGAUAUAGGGCCAGCUCUGAACCGACGCUUGUGGGGACCCCCCCCCCACCAAGCUCUGCGGGCCUGGGGACCAGGCGUCCCUCUUGCCCCAGUGACCCGAGGCCAGAUGCUGUCCCCGUGUUAUUCUGCGGGGGGGGGGGGGGGGGGGCCUGGCCAGUGGUGGCUGAUGCUGUGCUCUAUCCGGGCCUGCCCUGGGGACAGCCACCUGUGCCAGCCCGCGCCCGCGCCUUAGAUGUCACACCCAGCCCCCGUGUGCCGGCUGGUCUGGGUGGUGCCAUGCUCAGGAAACCCUCAGCCGGUGACUGUGUUCAGUGACACCGAGAAUGUCUUUUCAAGCAUCUGCCCUCUGCCUUCCCAGCCGCAGCCACCCCUGUCCUUCGCCCUGCGGUGUGGACAGAGGGACCCGGAGGGGUGUCUUUGGGACUCGCACCCCAGGCCCCUCCCAGCUCAGGGCCCACGGUCAACCCCUGAGAGUCUCCCUGAGCUGGUAGUGCCGGGGGCCUGGCGUCUCUCCAGGGCCCUCCCAGGGACUGUCCGGGGCCUCCAGGGCCGCGGAAGUAGCCCCUGAAGGGGCGAGGAAGAGCUGAGCUCCCCUGCUCGCCACCCCCGCCCCUCCCCAGGACUCUGAGCUGACGGUGCAGCCCCGCUUCUCUCCGUGGGGGGAUGCCCUCCCCUGCUGACCACAGGGGAGCCUGCCUGGGGAGAGGGCGGGAGGGAAGAGGGGGCAGCUCCCUAACCCCUCUGCACCCCAGGCCCGCCCUGUGUGACUCGGGAGCCGAGGGUGCAGGCUGGGAGGGAGCCCCGGGGGGUUCACUCCCCACCCCCGCUGGGAACUGCGCAAGGCGGGGGGCCGGGCUGGACAGGUCCGUGAGCCCCAGGCCGGUCAGUGAGCGUCUGUCUCCCAAUAAAGCCGUGUCCACACCACA